UGGCGUAAAGGCAGAGUCCCUACUGAGGCCGAGUGUUCUCAGGGUCCAUCUCGCAUGUCUUGGGCGUUUGCUCCAGGGGCCCUGGCUUCUCAGCUGUGUAGUCCAUGGCAGGGGACGGGGUGCAGCCUGGGCAGCAAUGCCCCUUUAAGGGCAGUGACAUCACAAGGCGCGGAAGGCAGUGGGACUCCGCUGGGACUCCGUGGGACUCCGUGGCCUCGGCUGUGUCUGUGGGGCUGUGGGCUCGGGGUUUCCACCUCCAUGGGGCUGGGCCCGCCUGUGAGCACCUGAGGACACCAUGGCCGAGGGCGGCGAGCUGAUGAGCAGGCUGAUGAGCGAGAACGCGGACCUAAAGAAGCAGGUGCGGCUUCUGAAGGAGAACCAGAUGCUGCGGCGGCUGCUCAGUGAGAGCUGCCAAGAGAGCUGCAGCCGCGGCAGGGACCUGCUCCUGCCCAAGACCCCCGCCUACCCCGAGGCCUGCUCCCCUGGGAGUGGAGCUCCAGAUUUCGGAAGGUUCACCAGCGUCCCCGACAUGCCCUCCCAGCUGCAGACGUCCUCCCUGGAGGACCUGCUAUGUUCGCAUGCCCCCCUCUCCAGCGAGGAUGACAGCUCCCCAGGCUGUGCAGCCCCCUCCCCAGCACCCUUCAAAGCCUUCCUCAGCCCUGCAGAGCUGCGUGUCCCCCGAGGUGCCGAGGGGACACUGUCUCCGCUCCUGAGCCCCCUGCAGAACUCACUGGUGGACAAGACCUUGCUGGAGCCCCGAGGACUGGUGCGGCCCAAGAAGGUGUGCUUCUCAGAGGCCAGCCUGCCUGCCGGGGACAGGCCCAGGAGGAGCUACUACCUCAAUGAGAUCCACAGCUUCGCAGGUGCUGAGAAAGAUGGGCGCAUCGUUGGGGAGAUUGCCUUCCAGCUGGACCGCCGCAUCCUGGCCUAUGUCUUCCCGGGCGUGACACGGCUCUAUGGCUUCACCGUGUCCAACAUCCCUGAGAAGAUCAAGCAGACCUCCAUCAAGUCUCUGGACGGCUCCGUGGAUGAGAAGAAGCUGCGUGAACUGACCCAGCGCUACCUGACGCUGAGCGCGCGGCUGGAGAAGUUGGGGUACAGCCGUGACGUGCACCCGGUGUUUAGCGAGUUCCUCAUCAACACCUACGGCAUCCUGAAGCAGCGCCCCGAUCUGCGCGCCAACCCGCUGCACAGUAGCCCAGCCGCACUGCGCAAGCUGGUCAUUGACAUCGUGCCCCCCAAGUUUCUGGGUGACGCGCUGCUGCUGCUCAGCUGCCUGUGUGAGCUCUCCAAGGAGGACAGCAAGCCGCUCUUCGCCUGGUGAUGGCCUCCCGCAGUCCCCGUGCUUGUGCCAAACUUGGGGUCCACGUGCCUCCUUGCGCACUCCCCCCCCUGCAAGAAGGGCCACCCGCCCCGCCAACAGCAGUGCCUGGGAGGGGCCCUGGGCGGACCUCACAGCUGCCAGGCCCGCAGCCCGUGCCGAACCUGGAGGACCUGUUCACUUUAUUAAAGUCGUCUG